AUGGGAAGGUCCAUAGGAUACCCUGAUCCACUGGUCGGGCGACCUCGGUUGUGGGCAGCGGUUGCGGGUCUACAACGUUGGGAAGGUUGGUUUUUCAUGAUGCGGGCCAGUGAACUCUUGCCCAGUACCAAUGGAGAAGACCCCAUGAAUAGGGCGCUCCGCCCAGCUGAUGUCCUACAGCCCCAUCGGUGGCGCAGCCCUGAAGACGAGGCGCCUUUGUUCCGCUAUGAAGACGGGACGGGGCUUGACAGAGAGGGCAUCACCCAUUUCAUCAAGAUAGCUGCAUUGGCCGCCGGGGUAUCGUUUGCAGUGAAGGCUGGUGCUAUGGAUGCUACUGAUGAAAGUGCCGAUGGGGGACGAAAGCCAGCAGCUCCAGAUCGAGCCAAUGCAGCGAACCUCUUUCUAGCAGCUCACCCAGGACUAGAUCUUUAUCAAUUCCUGGGUGUUCCACCCGGUGCGACUCCAGCUCAGGUGCUCACCGCAUAUCGUCGCAGGUCCCGUGAGACUCAUCCAGACCGCUUUGCAACUGCUGGGGAAGAUGUCCAGAAAGCCAAAGGAGAGGAGUUUAAGAUGUUGGGAAUGGUCCGAGAGAUCCUCUUGGAUCCACUGAUGGCCACUCAAUACAUGAGGUGGAGACAAGAGCAAAUUGCUGCAAAGCAUGGGCGAGGCCGUUCCCCAGUUUUUCCAGCUGGUGUCUAUGCCAAGCAAGCUUCAUCAUUCCAACAAGCCAGAUUAAGUUUUGAUCGGUCCUCCACUCCUGCUGGCGCAGGAGCCAGCAGCUCGGGAGGAGCAGGCCGGGAGGUGCCUCGUAAACCGCCCCCCCCUUCACAGGGAUAUCCUGGAGGAGGAGCGCAAGGAGGACCGCCCCCAGCCAAAGCCCCUCCUGCUCCAGCAGGGACCGCGCAAAAGCCAAGGAAACCUCCACCGCCCGCGAAUCCGCCUACUCCGAGCUCAAGUGCGAAGCCAAGGAAAGCACCGCCACCAAGAAAUGAUGAUGGGAGGCCCAGAGGACCUACCACCCCACCAAUGCAAAAAAUGGCACCCACGCAAGCUAUUCCAAAGGGAGCACCGCCAACACCGGCCAAGCAUUUCCCCAGGGCGACCCAACCAUACACUGGAGGGGGCAUGGUGGACGAUUUGCGAGUUCCUCGCAUCGCACUGGCAGAUGCAGGGGUGAAACGAUCAGACGCUCCGUCUGAGUCUUGGUGGUCAGAGACGUCAUCCAGAUAUAGGGCCCCUUCGAGCUGGUUGGAGCCCGGGUCUGAGCCUUGGGUCGAAGAUGACCUUCCACCGGAGAGCACCGUCCCAGACAACGAGGAUGACUAUGUGUAUGUUGAGGUGGAAGCUGAAGACGAUGACAUGGACAUCCUCCAAGACCACCAAUUCGAUGAAGAAGAUGGGGACGAGCCGGCAUGGGAAGAGCUCCCUGAGGAGGGGACCGGGUCUGAGCAAGUCUUCCAAACCUUCGAUCAAGCCGUGAUGCAAGGACUGCUCCAGUUCAUGGAUUUCGUGAACAGAGGACGGGCCAAGAUGCUGAUUGAAGGUGCUCCACCUAUGACUUCUGUCCCAAAAGAGGUCCGGGAGGCAUGUUUGGGAGACCAUCCGGGGCUUCUAAAAAUGCAUCCCAGCGCAAAAGCAUGGCUAAUGGCAGGGACGAAAGGUGUCGAAUUCAAGAAGCCACCACCUCCUAAGUCUCCCAUGCUUUCGGCUCCCCCAAAGGUGGCUCCGCCGCCACUUCCAAAGCCAGCUCAUCCAGAACAGGUACCUGAGCCAAAGGAGCCGCCGAAAGCCCUAGCCCCCAAACCAGUUCCUCCAGUGCUGAUGCAGAAGACACCAGCACCAAAGAAGCCCCCUCCGCCACUGCCAGCAGCCAACUAUGCCAUGCCGGCAAGAGCUAUGGGACUCGGUUCAGGCGCAACAGCAUCAUCUUCUGAGGGCGCUCCGCCCACUGGGGUGAACCACUUUGGGUUUGACGAGUCUGAAGUCGACUAUGGUGAUGACGAUGAUCGAACCCCUGAGGAGAAGGCAGAAGAUGAGGAGCUGCUCGAGAAGACCAAGACGAAAGUGGAAGCUUUCCUGCGAGCACCCCCAGAGAUGAGGAAGACGCUUCGCUCCCAAGCAUGGAAGCGGUGCAAGAGCAAACUGGAGGAGCUCAACUUUGAGUUCAGCACUCGUCCACUGCCCGAAAUGCACCCAGGCAAAUUCGAGAAGUAUCUCAAGGAUGGCUUCACCUAUGCGGAGGCCAAACAACGCCAAAAGGGCCGGCAAGGGGCCGCCCGACAUCAGCGAGCCUUGGCUGAAAUGGAGGGUGCCUCCUUUGAGGAUUUCCCGAAAUCCUGGUCACAUGGGUAUUCCAAGCAAGUCCUGAAGCCGGGUUUCCUCGAAGAGAAGAACAAGGAGCGGGCCCGCCGAAAAGCUACAAAGGCCAACUAUCGAUCCGAUAGAUCACGCAGCACUCCACCCCCUCGCCAGUCAGCUGCUCCAGCUGCUGCAUCCAACCAGGCUGAAGCUGAAAGCACGGCCAACUGGGAAGCAGGAAGUCAAUGGCACGACUGGCAAGCGAGACGCAGCAGUGAGUGGCAACGGCAUCAACCAGAUGUCACACAACGGAGAGAUGCAAAUGCCGCAGACGAUGACGACUGGGGCAACUGGACCAGAGAUGGGCAACGAGGCAGCAACCAAGAUGGCUGGUCCAGCUAUGACUAUGGAAACCAUCAGGAUCGACAGUGGAAACAGUGA